GAACCCCGCUCUGACCAAAAAACCUCCAACUCCAGAGCUGAACACACGCACGCUCUCUCCAAAAAACAUGACGUUUAGGCGGAGUGCGCACCGGCGCUGCGCUGCGCUCCUCUUAUCUCCACGAGCGCGUGCCCAUUGCGGACUUUUGCCCUCCGGCUCAGAUAGGCAAAGAUAACACAAGCGGGGUUAGAGCAGCUCCAGCAUGUUUUCGCCAAAGUCGCCGAAAAGUCCGUCAAAGAAUGCGUCCAAGUCGUCGCACGGCGCCGGGGAGCAGAUUUGUAUGACUGAAUGUGCCUGUAAACCAGACUGCACCUGUGCGAUCCACUGCGAGUGCGGCGGCACGACGCGCUGCGCGCCGGGGUUCAAGAGGAAUGGCCCUGACACUGAGAAACAUGGCUUUGAAAACCUGGCUUACGAGUAUGGCAGUCAGAGUGAACUUUACCCUCCACCCAAACCUGUCUCCAGUGCAACCUUUAAACUCCUGGGACUCUCCCCUGAGCACCAGGCCCAAGCUGUUCAAAGCAGAAUUGCCACCCUGAAUGGAGUACUUGUUGCCAGCUUGUCUCCAACCAGCAGCUUGGCCAGAGUGGACUAUGAUACCUCAGUUAUCACAACCAAAGAGAUCGCCUUGGAGCUCCAGAGCAUGGGAUUCAAUGUCGAGUCAGCUGUGCGGAUCAGGGUGGAUGGUAUGCACUGCCGGUCCUGUGUGCAGUCCAUUGAGGGACAUAUUGGUCCUUUAUCUGGGGUUUCACAUAUUCAGGUGUCCCUUCAAGAGGGCACAGCACUGAUUGUAUAUCAGCCUCUUCUAGUUACCCAACAGGAGCUGAGAGACAAGCUCGAGGAUAUGGGUUUUGACACCACUUUAUUGACCGAAGAUCCACCUGGACAAGAUAUAAGCUAUUGGCAGGAGGACGCAUUGAACUCAUCAAUCCAGACUGUCACCAUCUGGAUUGUAGGGAUGACUUGCAACUCUUGCGUGCAGUCCAUAGAAGGGAGGAUCUCUCAGGUGACGGGAGUGCACUCCAUAGUGGUGUCACUGAAGGAGGGAAAGGGAACGAUAACCUUUGACCCCAGUCUGACAGAGCCGGAGCAGCUCAGGGCAGCUAUCGAGGACAUGGGCUUUGAUGCAUCACUUGAAGAAUUCACAACGAGUGUCCAGAGUCAUGACAAGUCCUCCCCUGCUCGUUCUGGACUUUCUCACCUUUCUGACCAACAGUCUCACAAUAAGGCUGGAGUCAGCAAUGGCACUGGGUCACAGUCAGCCUCUGGAAGCAGCAGGACUAAAGUUCAAAAAUGCUUCAUUUGCGUGAUGGGCAUGACCUGUGCCUCCUGUGUGGCCAACAUUGAGAGGAACCUGCUGAAACACAAGGGAAUCAUUUCAGUGUUGGUGUCACUAAUGGCUGGGAAGGCAGAGGUGAAAUAUGAUUCAGAAGUCAUGAACGCCGCUGCUGUUGCUCAGCUCAUAGAGGACUUAGGCUUUGGUGCCACAGUGCUAGAGGACAAUACAGUGACACAUGGGAAACUGGACCUCACUAUAACAGGCAUGACGUGUGCAUCGUGCGUCCACAACAUUGAGUCCAGGCUCACUACAACCAAAGGGAUCCUCGGGGCCUCAGUGGCCCUGGCAACCAAAAAAGCACAGGUCCAGUUUGACCCGGAAGUGAUCGGAGCUCGAGAUAUUGUCAAGAUCAUUCAGGGCCUUGGUUUUGAGGCCAGUCUGGUAAAGGCGGGCUUCAAAAACAACCUCGACCACACAGAAGAAAUUCGACGGUGGAAGAGCUCCUUUCUGCUCAGCCUUGUUUUUGGCCUGCCUGUCAUGGGCCUUAUGAUCUACAUGAUGGUGAUGGACAGUCAACACCAGGAACAUGGAGGCUCCAUGCCUGAGGAGCAGAACCUGCUGCCCGGACUCUCCCUCCUGAACCUGGCCUUCUUCCUGCUCUGUACACCUGUGCAGAUCUUUGGAGGCCGAUACUUCUACAUCCAGGCGUAUCGCUCGUUAAAACACCGCAUAGCCAACAUGGACGUGCUGAUUGUGUUAGCCACCUCCAUUGCCUACAUCUACUCCUGUGUGGUCCUCAUUGUGGCCAUGGCUGAGAGAGCCAGCCAGAGCCCUGUCACCUUUUUCGACACGCCACCUAUGCUCUUCGUGUUCAUCGCUCUGGGUCGAUGGCUGGAGCACGUUGCAAAGAGUAAAACCUCAGAAGCUUUGGCCAAAUUAAUGUCGCUGCAAGCCACUGAUGCCACCGUUGUCACUUUGGGACCUGGCCACUCCAUUGUCAGCGAGGAGCACGUGGUGGUGGAGCUGGUCCAGCGGGGUGACAUCGUGAAGGUCGUCCCAGGAGGAAAGUUUCCCGUUGAUGGCAAUGUGAUCGAGGGAAGCUCCAUGGCAGAUGAGUCCUUGAUCACAGGUGAGCCGAUGCCUGUUAGUAAGAAGGUGGGCAGUUUGGUGAUCGCCGGCUCCAUCAACGCUCACGGCACUCUGCUGGUGGAGGCCACUCAUGUGGGUGCAGACACGACUCUGUCUCAAAUCGUUAAACUGGUGGAAGAGGCGCAAACCUCGAAGGCCCCCAUCCAGCAGUUUGCAGACCGGCUCAGUGGCUACUUUGUGCCCUUCAUAGUGAUCGUUUCUCUGCUAACUCUGGUGGCCUGGCUGGCAGUCGGGUUUGUCGACUUUGAAAUUGUGAGGGAGAAUUUCCCGGGUUACAACCAGAACAUCCCGAAGGCGGAGGUCAUCGUCCGCUUUGCCUUCCAGGCCUCCAUCACUGUUCUGUCCAUUGCCUGCCCCUGCUCUCUGGGGUUGGCAACCCCGACAGCUGUCAUGGUGGGCACGGGGGUCGGAGCUCAGAACGGCAUCCUGAUUAAGGGAGGCGAGCCACUGGAGUUGGCGCAUAAGAUUCGUGCGGUGAUGUUUGAUAAGACUGGCACGAUAACAAACGGCGUGCCACGGGUGACUCGUGUGUUGGUGUUGUGGGAAACGGGCCGCAUGCCCCUGAGGAAGAUCCUGGCUUUGGUCGGCACAGCAGAGGCCAGCAGCGAGCACCCACUGGGCACGGCAGUCGCCAAACACUGCAAAGAGGAGCUGGGCUUCGCCAUGCUGGGCUACUGCCAGGACUUCCAGGCCGUGCCCGGCUGUGGGAUCAGCUGCCGGGUCUCCAACGUGGAACAUCUGCUGCACCAGCAGAGUGAAGAGUGUUUCCUUCUGGCAGGAGCCACCACUGAUGAAAGUAGCCUCCUCUCUGCUGCAGAGGCCUCGUCUGCAGGUGAGCCUCUGUCCUACUCUGUCCUGAUUGGGAACAGAGAGUGGAUGAGGAGGAACGGCCACCACAUCGAAGCAGACGUUGACGCCGCCAUGUCCAGCCAUGAGACGAAAGGACAGACUGCCAUCCUGGUGUCGAUAGAUGGUGUGCUGUGUGCCAUGAUAGCUGUUGCAGACACAGUGAAGGCAGAGUCAGCAUUAGCAGUGCACACGCUCAACAGCAUGGGCAUCGAGGUGGUGAUGAUAACCGGAGAUAACAGACGCACAGCAAAAGCCAUCGCUGCACAGGUGGGGAUCAGAAAGGUGUUUGCAGAGGUGCUGCCUUCACACAAGGUGGCGAAAGUGCAAGAGCUGCAGAAAAAAGGCCUGCGAGUGGCCAUGGUGGGAGACGGCGUCAACGACUCGCCGGCCCUCGCUCGAGCUGAUGUCGGCAUUGCCAUCGGCACGGGCACAGAUGUGGCUAUUGAGGCGGCCGACAUCGUCCUGAUCCGUAAUGACCUGCUGGAUGUGGUGGCCAGUAUUGAGCUGUCACAGAAGACGGUGCGGAGGAUACGGAUCAACUUUGUCUUCGCCCUCAUUUACAAUCUCUUAGGAAUUCCAAUCGCUGCAGGUGUGUUCAUGCCUGUCGGCCUCGUGCUCCAGCCCUGGAUGGGCUCUGCUGCGAUGGCGGCCUCGUCCGUGUCAGUGGUUCUGUCUUCUUUACUGCUGAAAUUGUACAAGAAAACCUCGGCGGAGCUGUAUGAGGUGCGAGCGCGGGGCCUAAUGAGGAGCCUCCGAUCGUCACAGAUCAGCACACAUCUGGGUCUGGACGGCCAGCGGCGGAGCCCCGCCCUCCCCGCCCGAGCUUGGGAACAGCUGAGCCAAAGCAGCUCCGUUCAACCCACCCUCUCCAGCCGGCCGUCCGGCCAGGGACCGUCCAUUAACUGUGUCCAGGAGCAGCAGGACCGCUGCUCCCUCCUGGACCACCAGACUGCAGAGGACUGUAAUGUGUAGUCAAGAGGAAAGGGAAGGAGGACUCACACCGCUCAGUGAAGCUUCUUGGGCUUUGUGUUGGGCUUUACCUCAUCCUGACGGUGCUACCCGGAGGAGGGCAGUUUAGUUUCUUGACUUUAAAGUUUGGAAAAGGGUUGAAUAAAAGACCACAGGGACUCCAACACUGGCACACAGAAAUGUCAGCCCACUUUGCACACCACGCUGCUGGGAGGUCGGGAAGCCGUGAGUGAUUUUUCAGCUAUCCUGCAAAGACAAUCCUCUGACCCAAGAGCAGCAGAGAAGGAAAAGAUUAAGUGUACUUACAGCAGUCCCAAAGGGA